CUCAAGAUCUGGUAUUAACCAAUCAUUAACUAAUAAUACUUCCGUGGAAACAGAUUGUUUCUCUGUUCCAGUCAGGUGACUGGUCUUAACCAAUUAACAUUACAUCCAAACUGUCAGUCAUAAGACAACACAACACCUGAGUACUAGACGACGCCAUUCCCACCAUUGGAAUAGAAGGCAAAAACAAGAGAGAAACAACGGCGGAAUUUAAGAAGCCAAAGAAUAUUGAAAUACUAAAUUGACCACUAAAGGCAGAUAACAAGAAGAGGUUGAACCAAAAUAACAGAAAAGGAAAACUUACCUGGACUAGAUUCAAUCAAAUAACACACACCAGGAAAUACUAACCAGGACACAUAAAGAAGAGGUUGAACAAGAUUAAUAGUACCAAAAAGAAGAAGACUGCAUUACCUAUCGGCUCUCUCCGAUGUCUGAAGACAUCAGAAUAAAAGGAUCCACAGGACAGUAUGUCAACUGCACCAGAGAUCAAGCAGGAGUUCCAACCAGUCCUUUGCGACAUGUGUCUGGACAAGCCGAUGCCUGCUCUGAAGACUUGCCUCAAGUGUGAGAUCUCCAUGUGCGCUCAGCACCUGCAGGCCCACCUCACCACGCCGGUCCUGCUGCAGACUCAUCCCCUGACCAAGCCCAUUACGCCUGGGGGCCUGAGCUCCGGUGCCGUCCGCUGCCCUGAGCACGGCAAACUCCUUGAGUACUACUGCUUGGACGACCGCACCUGCGUCUGCGUGUCCUGCUCCAUCGAGGACCGGCACCGACUGCACAACAUGAAGACCCUUCCCAGUGCUCACAAGGUGCUGGUGGAGAAGCUGAGAGAGGAACUAAAAGAGCUGCCUGAGCGAGAGAUACAGGGCGAGGCGCUGAAGAGCUGGGAGACCGAGAAAAGGAAGGCCCUGAGCGUAUCUAGCGAGUGCCUGGUGAAGGGUGUGUCAGCGUUGCGUGAUAUUGGCUUGACCAAAGUGCAAAGCUCGGUCUCAGCUCGCCUCGGAGCCAUCCAAGCAGCUCGACAGAACAUAGAAGCGGCCCUGUCCGAAGAAGAUGCCCACCUGUUUCUGCAGAGAUUUGCAGGGGUGCACGAAGCUGUGGAGAAAGCCCGGGCUGUAGACUUCAUCCAUGGACUAGAGGAGGAGGCAGAGCCUGGAGAGGUCGUUGCUGAACUUCUCAAGAAUGGUCAUCAGGCCAUGGAGAAGACCCUCACUGGUAAAGAAAUUGAAAUCGAUAUAGAGCCCACAGAUAAGGUGGAGAGGAUCAAAGAGAGAGUGGAGGAGAAAGAGGGAAUACCCCCUCAGCAGCAAAGACUCAUUUACAGUGGGAAACAGAUGAAUGAUGAGAAAACAGCGGCCGACUACAAAAUCCAGGGGGGCUCGGUAUUGCACUUGGUCUUGGCCCUACGAGGAGGAGUGGUCUGUCUGAAAAAUCCCAAAUGACCUCCGUGUUUGCCUUAUAAUCACUAAAGCUGACUAAGUCGCUGCAGAAGUGUUGGAGUGGACACUUUGCCACUUUAUUUUUGGUCUUGUCUAAAUUAUUGUUGAUUGCUGCAGCCAGUUGCAGGAUGUCCAAGUCAGCACAAAAGUGCGAUACCUGUGAUUUUGUGCGAUACCUGUUGCAUUUAAUGUUCUUUUUUAAUGCUGAAUGGAGUGGUUAGAGGUUUAUAUUGAACUGUAGAAUUACACAGUGCUUUUGACCAUUUUUUGGCGGUGUGAUCUGAAGUUGAGUGCCUGGUUGAAUUCUUAUUGGGUCUAAUGUGUAAUGUUUUUCGUUUGUAUUAUGUCUGUUCAAUUUAGUUUGUUUGAUGCCCUCGCAGUAACAUCUCUUUCUCACGUGUAUGAGAGGUGACAGUUUGUGGUAUUCAAUUCACGCAAUCACAGUCAGUGACAUUGGCUGACUGGAGAGUGGAAAUGGCUGGACAGGUGUCUUUUGUCAAUAAAAAGUAAAGAAUGAAAUA